GGUUGGGAAAAAUUAAAAAGAAAAGAAACGAAAAACAUUCAUUCUUGCCGCUCUUUGCUGUGUUGCAGAGUCUUAUCUACUUCACUCUUGCACCGCUUCCAAAACCCUUGCUGAAGACCUCAGAAAUGGCGUUGUCUCUUGGUGUAUUCUCGAGUUUCCUGCCUCGAGAAACGGUGUCGUUCGGCAACUCGCCCUCUCAUCCCCAACUCAAGCUUCCUCCGGCUAACCUGCGCUCGGUUUCCAUAUCAGCCGCUGCCAAGCCGGCUACGGAGACGAAGAAGCGCGAGCCUCGGGGGAUAAUGAAGCCACGCCGUGUCUCGCCGGAUAUGCAGGCGUUCCUCGGCGGCGCAACGGAGAUCCCCCGCACUCAGGUGCUCAAAGAGAUUUGGGCGUAUAUCAAACAACACAAUCUUCAGGAUCCUGCAGACAAGAAGGUCAUUGUCUGUGAUGAGAAGCUCAAGAAGAUCUUUGGAGGGAAGGACCGUGUUGGGUUCCUUGAGAUUGCUGGCUUGCUUAAUCCGCACUUUCUUUAAGGAAGAAGCAAUGAACCCAUAAGGUGUGUUUGGCUUCACAUUUUGGGAAGACAUUGGAGGUUUUUUUGUAAAUGAAGUUUAGUACGAGUUUUAGGAGGCUUGCUACCUCUGGCUUUGCAUCGUAGUUGACCUUGAAGGCUUGAAGCUCAUCUGCAAGAUGAUCACUCUUGAUGAGUAAUUUUGCUUUCUGGAUCCACUUGUAGGCUUUAAGUUACUGCAAUUACACGUUCUCAUUCUAUUCUAAUUCGAGUUUUACAGGCA